AUGAUGCGUAGCAGUCAGGCUGGUACUGUACACACCCAUCUCACCACUCCUCCAAGCUCGGUCGGAAAGUCUAGUUAUGAUCCCGAUAGCAGUGAUGAGUCUCCUCAAAUUAUCGUUCAGCCUCCACCCAGCUCUCUGCCUGACCCUGCACGGGCCCAUGACAAGAAGAGAUGCAGCCGUACGGUAGCACGUCCCCUCCUGCCUGCCCUUGCAGGGUGUCUCGAAUCUGGCGACAAUGAUAUGAGUCUGGCGGACAUCGAAGAGGGCAAAGAUAUCCUCAUGGAUAGCCUGAAACGCUUGUCUAAGAAGACUAUCACUCAAGCUGUCGCUGCGAACGAAGCUGAUUGUGAAUCCAAGCGCAUGGCCGUUCUGGGAAUGGCAUGGGUGGUCGAGGCAAAGGACUGA